AGAAACUGUUGCGCUCCAGUCCUCCACCGUUCCCACCGUUCCGCCUUAUUUACACGUACAGAAGUGAAAGGUCGAUCGGUUUCUGAGUUCGGCUGUUUCUGAUAAACGUAGACCGUUUUGCAGACCACUGAAGUCAAAAAUAACAAUAAGUUUCUGCCGUGACGGUUGUUACAGGCGAACUUUACGUACUUGUGAAGAAUUGCCAUCGAAAGAACGGUCUGUUUAACCAGUAGUACGCCAAGGUUGUUCUCCUAUUCCCGUUUUUUCUUCCUCCCCACCAAACCCAGCCGAGAUAAGGUCUGUGAAGAUAAUUGAAGAUGUCGUCUAAGAUGCAAAGCUCUAAUAAUAUAGCCCAGGCCAGAAGGACUGUUCAGCAGCUACGGAUAGAAGCUAACAUAGAGAGAAUAAAGAUUUCUAAAGCUUCUGCGGACCUCAUGCAUUACUGCAAUGAACAUGCCAAGUACGAUCCUCUACUUAUGGGUAUCCCAGCUCCGGAAAACCCUUUUAAGGAUAAAAAGCCAUGCACUAUAUUGUAGUGGGAUGCUUGAACUCUUACCGUAUGUUUUGACGUUCCCUUUUAUUAUUUUUUUUUUAAUAGAAAGAAUACGAUCUUCAAACACUCGUUCACUCUUCGCCUUAAACCCCGAGCUAUUAUUUGAUUGUAUCCGCACCAGAAAAAGGAGAGUCAAAGCUCCCAGUAAACAAAUCAUUUGUGGUGCAAAGACAAAAACCGACCCAUGAAUGAGUUUUUCUGCUUUAGGGCACAGCACAGAUGAGUUGUUUGCUUUGUGAUAGUGUCCACUGAUGUGGUCGUGUCUUCUGCAAAUAAAGGGUGAGGUCAGAGUGGGCGGCUCUCGGUAUCACGAAGCGCAGGAAACGAUCAUUUUUAAUGACUGCGCUAUAUCUGCAGAUAAGCGGUGCUUUGACCCCUUCCGACGCUUUUAAAGGCGUCCAGUCGCAGGGAGAUGCGAGGGUUGAAAUGUCAGCAUCGCACAUGUGUGAAGGGUGCUAGCGCUCAGUGGAGGAGGAAACAGGUGUCUUUUGGAGGCGUCACAUUGACGCAGUGCCGCCCCGGCCCUCCCUCAUUAACUCACUGUGUCCGAACAAUGGAGCGAUACAAAGCCAACCUCUCCUGUCAAAUCGCUACACGCUAGACUGCGCCCUUUUUAUUUGCUCGCAGUAAACCACGUGAACUGCGUUUCGAAAGUUCAACAACUGCCAAAACCUUCAGAUCGUCAUUUUUUUUACGAGUAAUACAAGGUGAUGUGUUCAUGCAUUUGUUUGGAAGUGUUCUUUAUUUCCUAUACUUUUUUUUUUUUAAUUAGCGAUUCGGGAAACACUUUACAAUAAGGUCGAAUUUGUUAACACGAAUGUAUUAGGAAUCAUGAUUCAGCAACAAAAAGCUUUUUGACAGCAUUGAUUCAUAUAAAGUCAUGUUCAUUUAUAAAUGUGCUGUGGGAGUAUUCAUAAUUCGUAGCUAAUAUUUCAAAGCUAAUUAGGAAUUAAAAGAACGUUAAAAGGGUUAAAAAUGGAUUAUCAUUUCAAAGUUUGGGGUCGGUAAGAUUUGUCAUUUUAUUUUGCAUAUUAAGAUAAGAUGCGUAUUUCUGUUAAAGACAUUUUGCUCACCAAGUCUGCAUUUAUGUAAUAAAAAAGAAAGUGCUGUUGAAAUAAUAUUGCAAUUCAAAACAGCUUUUUGUAAUUUAUUCCUGUUGUUACAAAGCCGACUUUUUCUGUAGCAACUUACUGAACGAAGAGAAAGUUCAAAAUAACUUUACUUUUUGAUCAUUUUUGGUAACAUCAUAAAUAACGGCAAAAAUAAAAUAAAAAUCAAAUCUCGACAAACCCAGCCUUUGGAAUGGUAGUAACCUAACUAGCUAUUAUAGGUAGCACUUUAAAAAUAUAUAUUCUUCAUAGUGAGCUCACGAUACCUUUAACCUUUACAUUAUGUCUUAUUGCAAAGUGUUACCAAAAUGUGUUUGUUUUACCCAUUUUUUCCUUUUUUUUAAAUGCCUACCUUCAGUAAAUGGGGUGAAAUGCUCCUCUGAUUUUGCAUUCGAAUACUUUAUCCUGCCCCGAGUACGUUAGAGACAGCAGCAAUACUUUAUUGCCGAUCAUGGUACGUCAUAUAUUAUAACCCUUUAAUGAUUAUUUACGAGAUGCCUUAUGUUAAUUCUUCUAAAUGUUUUGAUUCAUAAUCGCUGUCUCUUUUUUGUGACUAAAUGUCAUUGUGCCAUAUCGUUCUGGGAUCUAAGCAGCAAUAGAAACACACGUAGGGUCACGUGUGAUUCUUCUCCACACACACACCCGAGCACACGAUGAUCUCUCUGAUUGUAGUUAUUUUUGACUGUUAUAAUCAUGCGUUUUGACAUCAUUCCAUGUUUACAGCUCCUCUACCUUUUUUUUGUAUAAUACUAUUGUGCCAUGCAUUUAGUGAAAGUGUGUAAUGCCUUCGUGACACGGAGCAGCUCCACCAGCCUUACUGUGAAGCAGUGGUGCGGAGAUCCUAUGGACGUCUUCACUGUGUCUUCAUCACUGCACGUCUGUCUCAUGCCUCGGGCUGGAUAUAUCUAUGCCUGUGCAUCAUGCAACUGAACUCGUACACGCAUUAACCGAACCACAAUCUUAAUCUGGUUUGAACAACAGUACGCUUUGAAUGGCCAUUUCAGCCUUUGCUUUCUUGUCGCGUGACGCUUUUAAAGAGAAUUUUUGGGUUCUCUCAGUGGCCGUUGUGUUUUUCUUGAUGCUGCGGCCGUUUCUGUACUUGAAGGUGGUUCUGGAUGAAAAUACGACGCGCGCAAGAUCUUCAGCCUGCCGCCUUAUCUCUGUUUUUGCCUUUAAAAAUGAUUUUUAAUAUGAAGAACGUUCUUUGUCACUGUAUUCGAGUGAAUUUUUUCACCUUCCUGGAUCCUAAUGUGCCGAAGUUGUAGAUGUUGUCUUUUUCCAACUAAAUAUAGAUUUAUUCUCAA